AAAGUAGACAAAUGGGAUGGAAUUGAGAGGACUGCAGGUUCACCUCCCCAGACAUGAAAUGUUCCUUGUUGUGCCAUGGACAAUGCCGCCAUCGCUGGAGGAUCCGAGGGCAGAAGCUCGAGUCCUGCUGGAGGGCAUUAUUAAAAGCAAGCUGCAGAACUUACUGAGUAAGUUCUGGCCAAAAGCGGAGGUGCAGCUGAUCUCGUUUGAAGGCAGCGAGAGGAAAACAAAAACCAAGAUCACUUUUGAAAGCUUUGAUGUUUCCAGCCAGGAUGGGGUAGUGAUCCUCCGCCCUGAGGAGCAGCUGCAGCAUAUUAUCUCUCUCGGCCACGCCCACAUCACCGUCACAGACGACAGCAUCUACUGGGACGACCCAGAUGAGUGUGACUCCCCCGCCCUGAACAAGUGCAGCUCCAACUCCGUCUGCAUCAACACCCUGGACUCAUUCACCUGCGUGUGUGAGCCGGGGUACUACAGCCUGAGCCCCAUCCUCAGCCCUGCCUGCCACGAGAAGGGGAUGUUCACGCUAUGCCUGAAGGACCAUGUAUCUGGGGGCAUCUCCAAGCCUUUCCUCAUCCACUACUUUGGCGGGAAUGUGACUGUUGUCCUCAAUGAUGGUCGCUGCUCCAUCAACGAGACGGACAAGUUUUAUUAUUACAGGAUAACUGGCGCCCCCUCCCAGUGUGGAGGCCAAACGCUUAUUAACAGGACGCAUGUGGAGUUGAGGAACGCGCUGACUGUGACGCUCAGCAGCAGGAGAUCCAUCACACGGAGGGACCUGAAGGUGCUGUGGACCUGUGCCUACCCGCUGCUCCAGACCAGCACAGCCCGCAUGAAGCCUGGUCUGGACUGGGUUACCUCUCACAGUGUGGUGCAGGUGAAUUCGUCCCGCCUCCUAGAGAUCAGCAUGGCCUUGUACAGUGACUCAUCUUACACAUACAACUACACUGGCCCUGUGGAGCUCCCUUCUGCAGAGCAGCUGUACAUCCAGGUGACCCUGCACUGUGAAGACAGCCUGGCCUACAACAUGAGCCUACAGCUGGAGUCCUGCUGGGCCACACAGACCGCAGACCCACAAGAGGAGAAGAAGGCUUUUUUCCUGAAGGGGGGCUGCCCAAACGACAGAACCUUCCGUUGGUACCUCCGGAGCAGUUCCCCUCAAAGGAAGAGGUUCUCCGUUCAGAUGUUCUCCAUGUCUGACCACUCCCACAUCUACCUUCACUGCCUGAGCAGAAUAUGCAGCCAAGAUGAGAACUGCACAACGAACUGCUCUCCCAGGCAAAACCAAAAGGUGAGAAGAGAUCUACCGGACAAACUCACAGCUAUUCUUUCAGCAGGACCCAUCUCUGCAGCAAAGAGGAAACUGACAAACUGGCCUGGAGCCCAGAUCAUGCUAUCAGUGGCCGGGGGAUUGAUUGGCCUCUUUUUUCUGACAGCACUGGGUGUGCGUGCAGCACACACUAUAACACAGCACAACCCCAGACAUCAAUAAAAUGUGUAUACCUGCA